UUGGCCCGCUGAUGCAGCCGGUCCUGAAAUAAACAUGAAACUAAAAAUCUACAACAAAAUUGUAAUUGCAAGCUUUCUAACAGUCCUCAUUACUGGACUUUGUUUCGCUUUUGGAUUCCUAAGCUCGCCUCUAAUAACCGGUCAAAGAAUUCUACCAUUUGAAACUAUUUAUCCAUUUGAUUGGUCUAAAAGACCUUAUUAUGAAAUUAUCUACGUUGUGGAAUGGAUGACUAAUAUUGCGUUCAUCCUCGUUGGGAUUUGUGGCCAUGAUUUUCUUUUUGUCGGUCUUUGUAGCAACAUCGUGGGCCAAUUUACCCUUUUGAGGGAGUUUUUUGGGUAUUUGGGUACGAAAAGUGCAGCUGAAAUUAUCAAAAAAAUGGGGCUUGAUACUGAAACUGAGCCAAAUCGCCAAUUGAUCAGAAUCUGUAUCACUCAUCACGUCCAAGUGACUCGAAUUUCUCUUUGUGUCGGUGCCCUAAUUAUGACUUUUGUAAGUCAAAAGUUGGAUUAUUCUCGGUUUAUAAUAUCCUCUGCGUACAUUUUUGGACAUUUGCUUCAGCUAUUUCUCUAUGCGACACUUGGGAACGAAGUCAUUUUUUAUGCCGCUCAACUCCCAAAUGCUGUUUUUAACAGCCAUUGGUACAAUGUCGACUUAGAUGUGAAGAAAGAUAUUGUAUUUGUGCUUCAAAGGGCACAAAGGGAUGUCAAAAUUUCGGCGAUGGGAGUUAGUGUCUUGGAUUACCAAACUUUUAUUCAAGUUUUGAGAUUGUCGUUUUCGUUUUAUACCAUGCUGACUAAGAGUAUAUUUUCG